GGGACUGUAGUGGAAUCAUGGGGCCCUUCUUCAGAGCGCCCGUUCCCCUCAACUCCCAAUCCCCAGGUCCUCUGCCUCAGGCCCCUCCUCCAUUGACAUCAGAGCCGCAGGCGGGCCGAGAGAGCCAAGCCCCAGCCAAGCGCCAGCGACUGAGCAGGCAGGCUGACCAGGCACAGACCCGGUGGGAGCUUCGCACCAGCCACCUCGGCCCCUCGCAGCCAGCCCCGACGCGGGGCAGCCGCAGGAGCCCUGGCUGUGGCUGGAGGGCAGUGGGCCAUGCCAGGGGCAGUGGAAGGCCCCAGGUGGAAGCAGGCAGAAGACAUUAGGGACAUUUAUGACUUCCGAGAUGUGUUGGGCACGGGUGCCUUCUCAGAGGUAAUCCUGGCAGAAGACAAGAGGACUCAGAAGCUGGUGGCCAUCAAAUGCAUUGCCAAGAAGGCCCUGGAGGGCAAAGAGGGCAGCAUGGAGAAUGAGAUCGCCGUCUUGCACAAGAUUAAGCACCCCAACAUCGUAGCCCUGGAUGACAUCUAUGAGAGUGGGGGCCACCUCUACCUCAUCAUGCAGCUGGUUUCAGGUGGGGAGCUAUUUGACCGCAUUGUGGAGAAAGGAUUCUACACAGAACGGGAUGCCAGCCGCCUCAUCUUCCAGGUGCUGGAUGCUGUCAAGUACCUGCAUGACCUGGGCAUCGUGCAUCGGGAUCUCAAGCCAGAGAACCUGCUGUAUUACAGCCUGGAUGAAGACUCCAAAAUCAUGAUCUCCGACUUCGGCCUCUCCAAGAUGGAGGACCCAGGCAGUGUGCUCUCCACAGCCUGUGGGACUCCAGGAUACGUGGCCCCUGAGGUCCUGGCCCAGAAGCCCUACAGCAAGGCCGUGGACUGCUGGUCCAUAGGGGUCAUUGCCUAUAUCCUGCUCUGUGGCUACCCGCCCUUCUAUGAUGAAAACGAUGCCAAACUCUUUGAACAGAUACUGAAGGCCGAGUAUGAGUUUGACUCUCCUUACUGGGACGACAUCUCUGACUCUGCCAAAGAUUUCAUACGGCACUUGAUGGAGAAAGACCCGGAGAAGAGGUUCACUUGUGAGCAAGCCUUGCAACACCCAUGGAUUGCAGGAGAUACAGCUCUGGAUAAGAAUAUCCACCAGUCAGUGAGCGAGCAGAUCAAGAAGAACUUUGCCAAGAGCAAGUGGAAGCAAGCUUUCAAUGCCACGGCUGUGGUUCGGCACAUGAGGAAGCUGCAGCUGGGCACCAGCCAGGAGGGGCAGGGACAGACAGCUAGCCACGGGGAGCUGCUGACACCAAUGGCUGGGGGGCCAGCAGCUGGCUGUUGCUGCCGAGACUGCUGUGUGGAGCCAGGCUCGGAGCUGCCCCCUGCGCCACCCCCAAGCUCUAGGGCCAUGGACUGAACACCAAGGAAGUCAGGGUUUCUUUCAUGGGAGGGGUUGGGGGCAGCCUGCUUCCUCCUCAGCCUAGAACUGGGGAGUUUCCUACCCCAUCCCUCUUCACCCCUCUUCCUUCUCACUCCUCACUGCAUUUUCCAUACAAAUGUUUCUAUUUUAUUGUUCCUUCUUGUAAUAAAGGGAAGAUAAAACAAGA